AGCAGGAGCACCAGCCCCGCACCUCGCUAAUGCACGAUCAUUUUUUUUUUUUAAAUCACAUGCAUGCGACCCAACCACCUUCUCAUCUCUCCUGUGCAUUCACAUGCCGACCCCCCCCCCCCUUUCACAAACAUGAAUGCCUUGCUGCAGCAGCGGGCUGCUCAUUGUGGAGAGAAGCGCCCAUGUCACCUUACUGACGUCAGCCAGCAGGCUAAUUGAGGACACUAGGGCUGGGUGGGGAGGGCGGAGGCGAGCGGAGUGUGCUCUGCGAAGCUUUGCAGCAUUUUGCUUGAUUUACCAGGACACACAGACGAGCACAGUUACAACCACACCCCGAGCAAUGAAGCAGGGUGUGGCACGCUUACGGAUUUAUUUUACAUAAACCUAGAUUUCACGAAGAAACAGAAUGAGAGAAUAUCGCGUUUGUGGUUCGUUUGGGCCUCAAGCCGUGAUUCUACUACAUUUCCCAUGAUUCCUUGCGCCCCAUUCGCCGGAACCGGAAGCAUACAGGCGGAAGCAUGCGAAGAGUGAGCCGGCAGCCCUGUGACGAUGGUCCGCUGCUGGAGGAGCAGGAGACGGAGGGACAGCGGCAGCUGCACAGCCUCCUGCUGCAGCAGCUUCACACUGACGUGGACUUCGAGCGAUGUGUAGCCAAAAAGAAGUGCUUCGCCCCAGCGGCGCUCUAUAAGCCGUUCGGGCAGCAGGCAGCCGGUGUGAGGAGCCUGUCCCAGUUCCAGGCCCUGCAGGACGGGGAGAAGGAGCUGGCCAGUCUGCGGGAGCUGGGCCUCACUGAUACUGAGAUCCAGGUGUGGCAGAGCAGAGACACACCAGAGGCAAUGGAGAAGUCCCAUGGCGUGUGCGUAGCUCCGGGGGCGAAGCAGCAGCGUCUCCAGGUGAUCAGAGACAAGAUUGAAGCGAGGGCAGAGCUCCUGGCCCGCCCACAGCGCUUCGCCACCAGCCAGCCACUGUCACGGCGGGAGAUGGAGAUCGAACAAGCUCUGUUCCAGGGAAACGAGCGGCUGGGUUUCCUCUCUGCACUUUACCACCGAGAGGAAGAUAACCACGAUGGACAACAGCAGGCGACGUCCUCCAAUCCAAUGGACACUCUCUACAGAGACGUUCUCAGUGUGGAGAGACAACAAGCGUCUUUACAGGACUGGGAGGAAGAACCAGCACAGGUGUCCACACACAGAACUUUAUCUGACCAAUCACAGACCUCACAGACAGAGAACGACCAAUCAGAAGACAGGACAGAGAAUCUAUCAGCACCGCAGGAUGAAAACAGGAGAUCAUCAGACGAACCAGAGUCCAGCGGAGACGCCUCAGAGCGGCAACACAAACAGGAGCCAACACGACCAGCUGCUCCUCCAGAGAUAAAGAUCAACCAGCCAAUCGGCAGUCUGGAUGGAGCGGCGAAGGCGGGGUCAGUGGGGCUGCUGACCCUCAGAGGAAAGAUCGAGACGAUCACGGACGAGGAAAUCCUCCAGAACCGUGAAUGUGAGGACGGGAUCCGGAGCAUCCAGAGGUUCCGAAGCUACCAGCCCGGAAAACCCUCCAAGGUUCUGUGUGUGAAGAACCUGAGUGCACAGGCGUCAGCGGCCCAGCUGGUGGCACUGUUCUCCAGGUUUGAGCCGGAGGACGGGCCUGCGGUCGUUUACCGCCUGCUGACGGGAAGGAUGAAGGGUCAGGCCUUCAUCACUCUGCCAGAUGCUGAAACGGCCCAGAAUGCUUUGCGGUUGAUCCAUGGAUACCGGUUGCUAGGGAAACCUCUGGUGGUCGAGUUCGGCCGUGAGCGACAGGAGGAGGAGAAACAGAAGAAGGAAGAGCAGCAGCAGGAGAAGAAAUAAUUUAUAAUGUUUAUAAUACAUCAAUAAUACAUCAAUACAUAUUUAUUUACUGUAAAAAGUUGUCGUCUUCGGCAGUUUCCUUUUUAAUAAACGUCUGUUUUACAUCAAACUGUAAUUAUGAAAUAAAAUAACUUCUCUUUUUACUUUUUAUUGUCAUUUUGAUAACUCUGUAUUUAUGACAACAAAAGCAUCAGAUUUAAUAAAAAGAAAUGAAAAACUUC